AUGUACAGCACCCCGGGCCGUCGUUGCUCAGAUCUGAAUUCCAAGUUUCGUCGGAUUUUCCAUUUUAUUGGCAAGCGAUCCCUAUCACAGAGCCUCAUGUUUUUGCUUUCAAUUAGCAUCAAGAUGGGGGUAUCAAAAUUCUCCCUAGCGGAGUAUCUAAAAGUUCUUCUCACUCUAUUAGUUCUGUUCUCAAGUGUCUCCGGAAAGGCAGUCUUCGCUCACUUCAUGAUGGCAAAUUCAGCGCUAUAUGACACGUCAGAUUGGAAAAAUGACAUGAAACUAGCUCAAGAAGCCCACAUUGACGCAUUCGCACUCAAUAUGGCAUAUGGAGUCAAAACAAAUCAGAAAGCAGUUGCUGACGCUUUCGCUGCCGCCGAGAGUCUCAAGUUCCAUCUUUUCUUCUCCUUCGACUACGACGGUAACGGGGCCUGGCCAAAAAUGCAAGUUGCAGCUCUCUUAAAAAACUACUCUACUAGCUCUGCAUAUUAUCGACACCAUGGGAAGCCAUUUACGUCCACGUUUGAAGGAACCAGCAACGCCGAAGACUGGGUUACAAUCAAAAAAGAGAUAGACUGCUUCUUUGUUCCUGACUGGUCUUCUGUCAAACCAGCUUCCGCACUUCAACUAGCAGGCGGCGUUGUUGAUGGCUUGUUUUCCUGGGCAGCCUGGCCAGCGGCGGAUUCCAGAAGGAUGAACACCUACGCUGAUGCGUCAUAUAUUCAGAGUCUCAAACAAGCCAAUAAAUCAUAUAUGAUGCCUGCUUCGCCAUGGUUCUACACAAAUAUGCCGAAGUAUAAGAAAAACUGGGCCAGUCAUGGUGACGACCUGUGGUAUGACCGUUGGGUGGAGAUAGCCUUUUUGGAGCCCGAGUGGGUGGAGAUCAUUUCCUGGAACGACUAUGGCGAGUCUCAUUAUAUCGGCCCGCUAAACGAAAAAGGCUACGGUGUAUUCAUUGCUGGCAAGGCACCGUUCAACUAUGCACGAGACAUGCCACACGAUGGUUGGCGGGCUCAGCUUCCCUAUGUGAUCGAUCUAUACAAGGCAGGGAAGGCAUCUAUUACGGAGGAAAGUCUGGUUGUUUGGUACCGCACACAACCUCUUGUCUCCUGUGCUAACGGAAACACAUCUAACUUUACACCGAGUCAGCUGCAAACUGGGUUCGACGUUGGUACAUGGUUUGCAGAUAAGAUAUUUUUCUCUGCACUGUUGACCUCCAAUGCUUCUGUUGCCGUGAGCAUUGGCGGUAUCAAAAACAAUGCCAAAUGGGAAUAUGAGCCUGACGGCGGAGUUGGCAUCUACCAUGGGAGUUUUGACUUUGAUUCAAAAACUCUUGGAAAAACUGUUGUCAUAAUCUCGCGAGAUGAUCAGGAAUCAAUGCGUCUUCAAGGUAACCCCCUCUCUACUGUCUGCUCGGGUGGUCUUGCCAAUUACAAUGCAUGGGUUGGAAGUUCUCUGUCUGGAAAAGUGAUUGAGCCGGUCUCACCGAAGCUCUCUCUAUCACAGGAAGUCUGUAUCGAAGGUUUCGGAUACUCGAAUUUCACAGACCUUUGCCAGUUCACUUGCAAGUACGGUUACUGCCCACUUGGGACGUGUUACUGUACUGCCAUGGGAAAGUCAAAGAAGAAGCCCCGUGCAUCUUAUGAGAAGGGUGAGCCCAAACAUGGUGACACAACUUUCACAGGAUUAUGCUCUUUUGCGUGCUACUGGGGAUUUUGUCCUGACUCGUAUUGCUCUGGAAAUGGAACUUAUCCGGCUCCUACAGCGACUACUAGGCCUAAGAAUAGUGGUGGACAGAUUCAGAUCCCUUUACUAUUUCGUCAUCCAGUCAUGGGGGCUUUCUUCUUGGUUUGUGCUGGUGUCUUUGGGGGAGAACUAUGGGAUGUGCUCUCUUGGUUAUGA